UGGCGCAGAGGUGCAAUGGUUAAGCCAAGGAAGAGUGCUGAAAAGAUGUUUCGAGUUGCGUGAGGAGAUCUGUCAGUUCAUGGAAAGCAAAGGGAAAGACACAACAGAGCUCCGGGAUAAAAAGUUGCUUUGUGAAAUGGCGUUUCUGUGUGACAUCACGAGCCAUCUCAAUGCACUCAACCUGCAGCUUCAGGGGCGGGGUCGUGUGAUCACAAGCAUGUACGCUGCAGUGAGGACUUUUAAAACCAAGCUGCGCCUAUGGGAGACGCAGAUGCAGCAAGAAAACUUGAGCCAUUUUCCGUGUUGCCAAACUAUGAAAGAGCAGGUUUCUACCGCAGUGUUCCCACAUGCAAAGUUUGCUGAAAAACUUAGCAUACUUGGUGCCGACUUCACACAGCGAUUUGCCGACUUUGACGCCCAAAAAAGCAGGUUUGAACUGCUCAGUAAUCCAUUUGCAGCUGACGUGGAAAGCGCACCAACCAACAUACAAAUGGAGCUGAUUGAACUCCAACGUAGUGACACACUCAAGGCAAAGUAUGACUCGGUGGGCACAGUUUCUAAGUUUCAUUCCCGACACAAUGCCCCAGCUGCGUACCCAAGCUGCUCAAAUGCUCUCUAUGUUUGGCAGCACAUAUCUGUGUGAACAACUGUUCUCUUUGAUGAACAUAAACAAAACAUCACACAGGAGUCGUCUUUCUGAUGAACACCUUCAUUCAAUUCUGAGGAUUUCCUCAGCUCAGAGCCUGACUCCAAACAUUGAUGAACUUACAUCCAAGAUGAGAUGCCAAGUAUCUGGCUUAGACUAGUGUGAAUCACAGAGUGUUGGCCUGUGGAAAAAUGUUUUCAUUAGAAAUUACUCCGGAAAAGCUGCAGAUAAAGGCAUAAGAAAUAAAUGCAACAGAUUUUUUAUUUAUUUAAUGUUCAAUGUUGUUUUUGUAGGCAAUAACCUAAGCUUUGUUAGUUCCAGGUUAAUAUGUGUAAUCAAUUCAUUUCACUAAGUUUUGUAAUAAACACUGAACCAGUCCGGCCCUCGACUUGUACCGAUUUUUAAAUUUUGGCCCACUGUGUAUUUGAGUUUGACACCCCUGCCCGAUAGCCUCCACAUCCUUCCUGCAAUGAGAACUGAACACAAUAACAUUUAAAUUGCAAUUGGACAGGUACAUGUGUUGGAAAAUUUAGAAUGUUAUAGACCAAAAGCUGGCAAAUGGGACUAGAUUUGGUGGGGCAUCUUGCUCAGCAUGAACCAAUUGGUCAAGGGGCCAGUUUCUA